AUGCAUUUGCCUCCAACAUUUCUACGACGCGAUGUCUCAGAUACAUCGAUUGAUCGGAGUGUGCAGACCUGGAACUAUGUAUGCCAAUCAUUAUGUAUUUUUGGGAUGUCCACUUUCUUCGGUAUCCGUCUAUAUACCCGACUUUUCAUUGUCCGAGCUUUUUGGAAGGAGGAUUGGACAUGCUUGCUAGCAUGGUUCCUUGGUGUCUGCUACUCUGUUAUUGCUCUCAUCAUGGGACAUUACGGGGGAGGUUUGCAUUACUCCGACGUUCCCGUUGAAUACCAUGUUCCAUUUGAGAAGACAGUCUACGUGACAAUGGUCAUGUAUGGACCAACCGCAUAUGUGACUAAGGUGUGUCUAUUAUGGAUGAUGACUCGUAUCUUCAGUCCUGUCCGCAAUAUUGUCAUUUUCAUCUAUAUUUUCAUGGUCCUUAUGCUGGCCUACUACAUCCCAGCCAUCAUCGUGAAGAUCAGGAUCUGCAAUCCAAUUUCGAAAUUCUGGGACACGAAUAUUGACGGCACCUGCCUUAAUGAGACAUCGAUUGUUCUAGCCGACUCCGUUGUCAGUGUGACAAGCGACUUUUUCAUUCUUAUUCUCCCGAUACUGUUGACCAUGCACCUGCAACUGUCAACCAAGAAAAAGAUCAGAGUCGCGGGGAUCCUAGGUGCAGGUGGAUUUGCCGUUUUGGCCAGCAUCAUCCGCCUCGUGCUUAUUGUCGUUACGGGACAUCCAGAGGAUAUUACUCUUGACUUUAUGAGGAUAAAUAUGCUAGGCAAUGCCGAAGUGUCCAUCGGCGUUAUCUGCACAUGUUUACCUGCCCUUUUAACCCUCGUCAGACAUAUCGACCACGAACACCGGAGCAGCCAAGCAACUCACUCUUCUGAACUUAGAUUGAACUCGAUGAGCAGGAAUAAAGCAGUUCAUCGAGGCAGGACGGAGAUGAGAAUGCGGGACGCAGAGCCAGGCGAGGGCACCUGGAUGAAUGCAGCACAGGGAAACUCGAGAAUCCGAACAACUAUCCUGGGGGACACUAAUGCCCCGGAAGAUUUGGAGUUGCCACCCGAUAGUACAAGCAUUACCAGGACAGUUGAUAUCUCUACGUACUUAGAGACGCAAUAA